AUGAGGCAAAUGAAGCUUCUGCUGCUAAUUAUAGGAUUGGCCCUGGUCAGAGGCACCCAUGACCAUGAGGAGCACCAUGAAAAUCUUAUAGGAUCCUGGCACACUAUUGCAGUAGCUGCAAAUAAUACAGCAAAGAUCAAGAAGGGAGGUCCCUUUAGACUCUCUCUCCACCAAAUCAUGGCAAAGGGUGACAAGUUAUAUGGAGAAUUUUCAGAAAGGAAAAAUGACAAAUGUAUUUGGCACUUUCUGGAAAGUCACAAGACAGACAAAGAGAAUCAGUAUGUAUCAAUAUACUCGGGGGCAAACAUUUUCUACUUCACCCAUGUGAAGGCUGAUGAAUAUAUUAUGGCAACCUUAUAUAACUAUGAUGCGAGUGAUGUAACUUUAGUAUUAAUGCUCGUUGCCCGCCACCCAGAUGUGAAAGAAGAAAUCAAAAAGAAAUUUAAGGAACUUUGUUUAAACAAUAAUCUUAAUGAAGAAAACAUUGUAUACUUCACCAGAUAUGAUCAAUGUGAGGAGCUCGCCCCAUAA